CUCUCUGGGAAAACACUGUUUUCUAUGAAAACAGUAUGUAUUGUAAUCGGUGCCAGCAGAGGUAUUGGAAGAAGUAUCGUCGUCAACUUUGCGUCUAAAUUUCAGUCAGGAUCCCUCGUCGUAGCGUUAGCGAGGGAUUCGGAACAGCUGGCUGUGACGAAGACAUUGUCAACGCAAGCAAAUCCCGGUGUUGCGUGUCUGACCCGUGUUUUUGACCAGGGAUCGCUUGAUCAACAUCAGUACGAUACAUGGCUCAAAGACUGUCUUCAGGGAAGAACGGCAAGCGAGUUCCAGCAAGCAGUGAUCAUACACAACGCUGCGUCUAUUGGAAGCGAGUUCUGUGAGAAUUUGACAGAGGUGAACCAAGUGUCCCAAUACCUCAACAUUAACGUGGCCGGACUUGUUGCAGUGAAUGCUCGUUUUAUGCAGGAGUUUAAAGAUGUACCUUCUAAAGUGGUUGUCAACAUUACUUCAGCCUCUGCUCUGCAACCUACGGCCAGCUGGGGACUUUAUGGUUCAGGCAAGGCUUUCCGUGACAUGUUCAUGAGGACGCUGGCACUGGAGCACCCCGACUUCCGGGUUUUGAACUAUGCCCCGGGUCCUGUUGACACGGACAUGUUCCAUUCGAGUCUCCAAAAAACAAAAGAUGAAAACCUUCUCGAAGCCAUAAAAGACAUGAAGAAGCGUUUCCUCACCCCUGACACUACAGUCAACAGACUCAUCGCCAUACUGGAGAAAAAUGUUUUUGAAAGUGGAGCUCAUGUUGAUUACUUCGAUGAUCAAUGAUAUCAGUAAAACAAGAAAGACUGUUGGAAUCUUUGCAUAAUAUGGUACAUUUCAAAAUGUUGGAUUGAAUAACAUACUUACGUGGUAUAUGAUGUAUUACAAGAAGGUAUGGGAAUUAAUGCUUGCCUGUAGGCCCGAGGUUAGUAGAAAGUACCUCGGGCUAAUAAAAUUCUUAUUCUACUACCCCGUAGUGCCUGUAAAUUCUGUUACGCUUGCUACAAAUUACCUGUCGUCCUCUCGAUUUCCCCUGUCAAAUUGCUGCGCAUUUGGCAUAACUUUUCGAGUCUUUCUCGAAAUGAAUAAUAUACCCAAUUCCCGAGUUCACCCAAUGUAUAGCUUCUGACUGAGUCUAAAUAUUUGAAUGUUUAGAUGCACAUAAAAGAUUGAAGUUUGAAAAUCUACUUAUUGUGAGCGUGUUGGGAUUUUGAGUUAAUUACCAUCCAUGAAAAAUCAGAACACUAUUCCCUCCCUAUUUGUGAGAUGCUGCUUUCUCACUCUCAGUGGUUGGUCCGUGUGUGGUAAGUAUGGCGCUGAUUGGGGUUCAAUACCUGUGAAUGUAGUGGCGAGACAGUGGGGUUAUUAGCGGUUCUUUAUUUGAGUACCCACGCACAUUACCUAAUUUACGGAUCCCCUAUUACACAGAUGAUCUAUUACCGCUUGAGGAAAUCAAAGCUAACGUCACCUAAAGAAUGUCAUUGAUUUACGUUGGCAGUGUCCAUUAUCGGUUAUAGAGCAUACAUUGGCGCCAGUACUGUCUUUCUUUCCUGCAUAUACCAUCUUCCCCAGGCAAGAGAGUUAAAUAGCUACAAAAGACCAGUUUCCA